AAUGGGGGUAAAGCGCACGGAGGGAUAUGCUCUGGUGUCAAAUGAGCACUCAAGACCCCCCCUAGUGGAAAUGAAAGGUCAGUCAUUACAUUCAAGAUGGCGACCCCCUUGUAUCAGUGUUACCAGAUAUGUGUGAGAAGAGGCUUGGUGGCAUUCCCUUCCUCUUACCUGCUACUUCACAACAGACCCAAUGUUUACAGGAUACGUGGGGUCCUCACAUGCUCUUCACAGGUGCCUUGGUCACCCCAUCUGCAGGUAAGGCAUUUGUCAGGGGAGAGAGGCGGUGGCAGAAAAGGUUUCCUGGGGGAGCUUCUGGAAAACAUUAAGCAGGAGCUUAACAAGAACAAAGAAAUGAAAGACAACAUCAAGAAGUUCCGGGAAGAGGCUAAAAAACUGGAGGAGUCAGAUGCAUUGAAACAAGCUCGAAGAAAAUUUAAAACUAUAGAGUCUGAAACAGUGAAGACCUCCGAUGUUCUUAGGAAAAAGUUGGGAACCAUCUCUGAGACAGUUAAAGAGGGGCUAGAGGAGGUCAGCCGUUCAGAUAUUGGGAAGAAAAUCAAGGAUGGAAUGGAGGAAGCAGCCAAAACAGCGAAGACCUCAGCAGAGUCCGUCUCUAAAAGUGGAGAGAUGUUGGGGAAGACUGGAGCGUUCAGAGCAAUAUCAAAGGGCAUGGAGAGUGUAAAGAAAGACAUUGGUGACCUGGGUCACACUGGCCCUUACCGGCCUCCUGCCAGACUCAGGAAGAGGAGUGAGUUCUCCUCCAAGGGGGCAGGGGAUGGCAGCAAGGUCUUCGAAGCCAACGAGGAAGCAAUGGGUGUGGUGCUCCACAAAGACUCAAAAUGGUACCAGCAGUGGAAGGACUUCAAAGACAACAAUAUGGUCUUUAACAGGUUCUUUGAAAUGAAGAUGAAGUAUGAUGAGAGUGACAACGCCCUCAUCAGAGCAACUCGUGCUGUCACCGACAAGAUGACUGACAUCAUAGGUGGGCUGUUUUCUAAGACAGAGAUGUCUGAAGUACUCACAGAGAUUUUGAAGGCGGACCCAUCCUUUGACAAAGAUUCUUUCCUCAAGCAGUGUGAACGAGAUAUCAUCCCCAAUAUACUGGAGGCGAUGAUCAGAGGGGAGCUGGAGAUACUGAAGGACUGGUGUUAUGAAGCGACAUACAGCCAGCUGGCACACCCAAUUCAGCAAGGCAAGGCCAUGGGACUUCAGUUCCACUCUAAGAUCCUGGACAUUGACAAUAUUGAUUUGGCCAUGGGGAAGAUGAUGGACCAGGGUCCCGUGCUGAUUAUAACUUUCCAGGCUCAGUUGGUCAUGGUGAUCCGAAACACCAAAGGAGAGGUGGUGGAGGGAGACCCUCAAAAAGUGCUCCGGAUGAUGUACGUGUGGGCUCUGUGUCGAGACCAGGAGGAGCUCAACCCAUAUGCUGCCUGGAGACUACUUGACAUCUCCGCCUCUAGCACCGAGCAGAUCCUCUAAGACUCUUUGAUCCGCACAAAAGCAACAAACAAACAAAAAAAACAAAGCACUCGGAGAGAGAACAUACUGUACCUGAACAGGCCCUGGAGCUGGCUGGGAAGGAGGAGGAGGAGGGGGGGGGGGUCAUGGAGAUGAGGAACAGACAUGUGGGACAUGGGCUCACCUCACAACAGAAAUAUUGUGGAGUAGUAUUGCUAAAUGCUCGGUGUUUCACGUUCUUGUUUUUACUUCACUGUCUUAAGGUUCAGUCACUGGGUUUCUUUAAAUACCUGAGUUAUUUCUAACUGUUCCUUUGGCUCACACUAGGGGGCAGUAGGCUACCAACAACUCUCAUUCAUCUUACUUUCUGCAAUGCCUGUAUGACUGUCCAUUUAUUGAAACUGUAUGGUGUAAGGGCAACCGUUGUUAGCAUUUAAGGGAUACAUUAAGUUAUUUAACAUUUACUAUGAAUACAAAGAAAAGGAAAUGUGGAAACUGAUUUUGCAGUGAGUCAAAUCUCAGACGUCUCUGCCACACUUCCUCUGUCCAUCAGUCCCACACACACACACACACACACUCCCUCUCUGAGGCGAUGUUAUCUUGGUGGUGUUGUGGCCAAUCAGUGCUCUCCUAGGUCCUUGUUUGUAUUAUGAUCGUCCACUGUAAUUGUUAAUAUGUGAGAGUCUAUAUUUAUUAUGAAAAAUAAAGUUGACCCCUGUUUUUCACACUA